GCAAUUGGGCCCGGACCUGCCGGCUGCUCACGCAUCGCAUUUCCAUCACGCAUCCGGGGUUCUUUUACUCACCCUGGAAGCAGAAUAUGCAGUAAGAGGGGGAAUUUUGUGGGUUGAAGAGGGCAGCCUGGGUGUGCAUUCUCCUGCCUCCUGUUUUCCUACAAUUCCUUUGUCGCUGCAGUAGGGGCGUCCUCUGUUGGUGCGAGUGCAGUGGCGUCUUGCAUUGUGGGUCGGGUGUGGAGGAGGAGGACGAUGGUUGUGGUGAUGUAGUCUGAGGAAAAGUUUGUCCAUCAACGACGAGGUGAAGCGUGCACGAUCUUUGACGUCCACAGUUAGAGUGCCAGAGAAGAGUAGUGGCAGCCGACAUCAGAGAGUGUUGAAAGUAAUGGUGAUGAGCUGCAGACUUAGGAAGUUAUCUCGGGCGUGGACGGGCAAUGCUGGUUAGCUACUGCUGACAGGAAACUAAGCAACCCAAUAAUUUGGGCUGAUCGACCUCCUUCUGAAAGUCAACAUGAGUAUCUUGGCUGCUUGGCUUGCGCUGAGCUCCUCGUCUUUGGAUAGUGGCGAUAUGAGGCAGCCCGAGUGCCUUUAUUUCGAACACGACGGUAACAGCAUUCCUCAGUGGGGGCUGGGAACAAUGUUUGAGAAGCGGAGGUGCUCCAAGAGCGAGGAGCUCAAAUGUAUGUCGGUGCUGGAUCUGCCCGAGUUAGCACUGGAGGAAAUCCUCGGACGGCUUCCUCCUGCUUCUCUCUGUCAGAUGGCUGCCGUGUGCCACCAUCUGCGGAAACGCUGCCGAAGCGACCACCUCUGGCAAUCUCUCUUCGAAAGAAAAUGGGCACGCGUCGUGGGAUCCUCGGCUUUCCAGGAGUGGCAGCGUCAGUUGAUCUUGCAAGCAGAGCAAGGUCCCCCUGCCGCCGAAUGCCCUCCUCGGGUUUGGGGAUGGCCUCUCUCAUGCCUCUGGCCCUUUAAAUGGCUCAACCUGCAGGGUCAGCCUUCUGCCAUUCCACCUCCGGAUUCCCUUAUGGCCUGGUACUGGGCUUUGGAGAGUGGCAGCUUCUGGUUUCCCGCCCAAGUCUACAACCGAGAGAAUGGACAUGUAGGCUUCAUGCUGUCAUGUUAUGAUGCGGAACUGAACUACGAUCGUCGAACGGACACAUUCAAAGCAAGGUACCCACCUCAUGGACAGCGGACAGCAGUAGUUGAAGAAGGGGUUCAAUGGGAGCGCCUUCGUGCCCCACCUGUGGAAACCCCUGCACAUGAUCUGCAUCAGUCAGACUGUCUGGCUGAUUUGAAACCAGGCGAUUGCGUUGAGGUGCAAUGGCGUAGGAACAAAGAUUUCCCUUACGGGUGGUGGUACGGUGUAGUGGGACAUUCUGAGGGUUGCGAAGGGAGCUCUCGACAUUGCCGUUGCUAUUCGCUUGAGACUUUGUGGUUGGAGUUCAAUCAGUACGCAGUCGGUUCACGAUGGAGACGUGCUCCCAUCAACCGCAAAUCUCAUGAGGAGGAGGGGAGUGAGGCAGAGGGAUUCUAUGGUGGCAUCAGGAAGUUGAAGACCAAGGAAGAGAUUGAAAUUUGGAAGAAGUUGUGGCCAACUGAGGACUUGCAAUAAGUUGACCUCGAUUAUUUCACUGUACUUAUAGACAUUAUAAUGAGGUGGCUCCAGUUUGCACCUGUAAAGAACACAUUUAGAUAAUAGCUGGCUGCCCAAUUCAUUUAUUAUUUUCUUAUCAUUCCACACAAAGAUGAUAGGUUGGCGUUCGGUUCACAUAUUAUUAAAGUGGUGGCAGAAUGCUGUGGUUCUUAAUUCAAGAGCCAGCGCCAUAUUCAGUUUUCUAGGAUAGUAUUCUGUUUCGGUAAUUAUCGCAUCCAUUAUCAUUUAGACCCUGUACUAUUUUAGAACGUAUCAUUAGGGUCAAAGUCGAUCCAGUAUCGUUUAGGAUUCAUAUGCCAAGUAGAGGGUAGGACGUUGAAGCGAUUGAUGGUCAGUGUGAGAGUAUCCAACUCCUGAAACUUUUAUUUAUUUUUUAUUUAUUUUUCAACAUUGGUAAUAGAGGGCCUUUACAUUUGGUGUGCAUGUAUGCACCAGUUGCAACCACCAA